UAACUUUUUACUUUUUUUUGGCGAUAGCAACGAACAUUCUUAUCGUCUCCUGAGAAGUAUUCGGCAUCUCGUCUCAUGGGCUUUUCUCUCAUCUUCAUAACAAUGUUACAAUGAACAUUUAUUCGUCCAUCCUCGAAUUCUUUUACAUACAUACAUAGAUGCAUACUAUGAAUCAAAGCUUCUUACGAUUCCGAUAUAACAUAGCGCCGCCUUACAUUGAAUUAUGAGGCUAAAUUGACUAGCUAAGUCUUACAACUACUCCGGAAUCGUUCUGCACCUAGACCGUAUUCGACCAGCCAUCAUCCUUUGUCCACACAACGGUUGCUUGCAACAAUUUAUUACAACAUUUGGAAAAAAUCAUCUACUUUCGUACAUUCAUUCUAUUUUGGAAACAUCUUUGGUGGUAUAAAAUGUACUCGCGUUUCACCCGUCGUUCCAAACGAAAUAUUUCCAAGGAGGUAUAUCUACAUCAAGACGAAAUUACAUCGCUUCAAGAUUCGGAACUCAUGAUGCAGAAUCAACAAUAUCCUCCCACAUUUACUCAAACUUCAAAAGAAGCUUCAAUGCUUUACUCCAUGCUUCCAACAAUUGUACAAUCACGUUUACCUCGCAUUCCUUCGAUUCGGAGUUCCGUUGAUAUAUAUGGACUUGUGAGUGGACGGAAAUCCGAAGACAUUGUAUCUGGCGCGACGACACCGGGGUCCAUAUUCUCCUCAUCAGCAACGACUCUUAUCGGUGCACGAAGUUCGGUGUCUAUUGAUGAGGAAUCAACCGAUAGCUAUUUCACAGAAGAGUCCUUACUUUCAGACGAAGAUUUUCCUCAAGCACCAAAGAAUAGACAGCUUAAAAUGAUAGAAUUGUCGGAAACAAAAUCAGGCAUUGGAUGGAAAUUUGCAAGCCAAGGUUUGACUGCUACUAUUCCAAGAUAUACACAUAUUAAUCGUUAUUUGAACAGGAUAUAGUCUUCUUACCCUCUCCAUGAAGGAAUCAUCUGCAAUUUCUCAAAACACUCGAUUUAGUAAUACGUCUUUGGCGAGACAGCUCUAUAUCCAUGCCUUGACCUACCUACUCCGAGCUCUUCCUUCUGAUCUAUCAACAGAGGAAAGCAUGAGUCUACAAACCUCGAUACCACAAGAAGUAGUAGAAUCAAUACAAGAAGAAUCAAGUAUCAGUGAACCUAGUCAAACUUCAGAUGCUAGCAACGCUUCACCGUCAUUGCUCCAAAGGAGUGUUGCCGCUACCAUCAUUCAACUUUUUAUAUUGUUCCAAUUUAUCCUCCCGUAUGUAAAAUACCUACUCACUUCAGCAUAUCAAUACGAUAGAACCUAUAAAAUAUCCGAAAAAGUUCUGUCCCGUGGUAUCGUGACGGUUGAUACCAUUGGAAAGUCGGGCCUUGCAGUCACUGGAGCGAUAUAUGGAAUGGGUGAUGGUAAAGUCGGACAAGCUCUCACGGAUGCCGCCGCUUGGGUUGUUGAAGGAGUCACAGGAGGAGUACAUGAAGGUGUAAGUGGAGGAUUGGUCAUGUUGGGUGCAAAAAAUGGUAACCUUACUUCAAAUAAAAAAUAGAAGGAUUGAAGGCUUUCGGAUUGUAUUUGGCGGGGUUAAUUUUCGAGGGUAAAUGGUGAUUGUGAUACCCAAAUAUGGAGAAGGCGUUUUUCGCUUCGGGCACACUUUUGGGUACAUAGGAUAUAAGGAUUUUAUUCCUCAAUAGGAUAAGAAUAUAAAUCAUCCAAUAUAACCUCCUGUCUAUCCCGUCUCCAUCGUCUCCAUCGUCUCAACAAAGUGAUGGAACUGUAGACAUUUUCC